UGUCUGUGUGUGUGUUUGUUUGCAUGUGCGCGUGAAUGUUUUUGUGAUACAUACACACAGACAUAUAUUUAAAGAGAAGUCUGAAAAACCUGAAGCAGGUUGCUGUGCUUUUUUGGAGGGAGGGGGGGGAUGUCUACUCUUUUUUAAGACAAGCUGACUGAAGCCAGCUAUUAUUUGCCUCCCCCCUCCUCCCCCUUGCAAAUGAAGAGAAUUCUUCCUGCAAGCUAGAAGGUUUUCCCCCUUUCCCCUUCUGCAGCCAAGUGAAACUGCUUAGUCCCCAAACCUUGGAAAUCGACUUGACUCCGGCUAUUGCUGGGAGGACCCGGGAAGAAUUCGGGGGAAAGACCAAUCGGGGUUGGUGUAGCCCCUUCAGAAAAUGUCAUCUCAAACUAAGUUCAAGAAAGACAAAGAGAUCAUAGCUGAAUAUGAAACACAAGUCAAAGAAAUCCGGACUCAGUUGGCAGAGCAGUUUAAAUGCCUGGAGCAGCAGUCUGAGUCAAGGCUCCAGCUGCUGCAGGACCUCCAGGAGUUCUUCCGAAGAAAGGCAGAGAUUGAACUCGAGUAUUCCCGCAGCCUGGAGAAACUGGCCGAGCGUUUCUCCUCCAAGAUCCGAGGCUCCCGAGAACACCAGUUCAAGAAGGAUCAAUACCUCCUCUCUCCUGUGAAUUGUUGGUAUCUAGUGUUGAACCAGACCCGGCGUGAGAGUAGGGACCACGCUACCCUCAAUGACAUCUUCAUGAACAAUGUCAUCGUCCGUCUCUCCCAGAUCAGCGAGGAUGUUAUCAGGCUCUUCAAAAAGAGCAAGGAAAUUGGCUUACAGAUGCAUGAAGAGCUGCUGAAGGUGACCAAUGAGUUAUACACAGUCAUGAAAACCUAUCACAUGUAUCACGCAGAGAGCCUUAGCGCCGAGAGUAAGUUAAAAGAGGCCGAGAAGCAAGAAGAGAAACAGUUUAACAAGUCGGGGGACCUUGGUAUGAAUCUGCUUCGGCACGAGGACAGGCCGCAGCGCAGGAGUUCUGUCAAGAAAAUGGAGAAGAUGAAGGAGAAGAGGCAGGCCAAGUACUCGGAAAAUAAACUGAAGUGCACCAAGGCCCGGAAUGACUAUUUGCUGAACCUAGCGGCCACCAAUGCAGCCAUCAGCAAAUAUUACAUCCAUGAUGUCUCCGAUCUGAUCGACUGUUGUGAUCUAGGCUUUCAUACCAGCCUAGCCCGAACCUUCAGGACCUACCUCUCAGCUGAAUAUAACCUGGAGACCUCUCGCCACGAGGGGCUGGAUGUCAUAGAAAAUGCAGUAGACAACCUAGAUGCGAGGAGUGACAAGCACACGGUCAUGGACAUGUGCAACCAGGUCUUCUGCCCGCCGCUCAAGUUUGAGUUCCAGCCCCACAUGGGAGAUGAGGUGUGCCAGGUGAGUGCCCAGCAGCCAGUCCAGACAGAGCUGCUCAUGCGCUACCACCAGCUCCAGUCACGGCUAGCCACCCUCAAGAUAGAGAAUGAAGAGGUCCGGAAAACACUGGAUGCCACCAUGCAGACCCUCCAGGACAUGUUGACAGUGGAGGACUUUGAUGUCUCUGAUGCCUUCCAACACAGUCGAUCCACGGAAUCAAUCAAAUCUGCUGCAUCUGAGACUUAUAUGAGCAAAAUCAACAUUGCCAAGAGGCGAGCCAACCAGCAGGAAACGGAAAUGUUUUAUUUUACGAAAUUUAAAGAAUAUGUGAAUGGCAGUAAUCUUAUCACCAAGCUGCAGGCUAAGCAUGACUUACUCAAGCAGACCCUUGGAGAAGGUGAAAGAGCAGAGUGUGGCACCACAAGCAGAAGAGAUGGAAGACUUAGGUUGCCUCACUUUCCCUGGCUGAGCCCUUCCUCUGCUCCCCACCUUGUGUCCCAUCCAGCACUUCAAGGAAGAAGAAAUGCCCGAGCCAGGAACCAGGACUCAGGGCAGGCUAUACCCCUGGUGGUGGAAAGCUGCAUCCGCUAUAUCAAUUUAUACGGUCUCCAGCAACAAGGUAUCUUUAGAGUGCCCGGAUCGCAGGUUGAAGUCAAUGACAUUAAAAAUUCCUUUGAGAGAGGUGAAGAUCCCCUGGCAGAUGACCAAAAUGAAAGGGAUAUUAAUUCAGUGGCUGGCGUCUUAAAACUGUAUUUCCGAGGACUGGAAAACCCACUCUUUCCCAAGGAAAAGUUUCAAGAUUUGAUAUCCACAAUCAAAAUGGAGAGCCCCGCAGAGAGAGUGCACCUGAUCCAGCAGAUUCUUGUCACCUUGCCCCGAGUGGUCAUCGUGGUCAUGAGAUACCUCUUCGCUUUUCUCAACCACCUAUCUCAGUAUAGCGAUGAGAACAUGAUGGAUCCCUACAACCUGGCCAUCUGCUUUGGGCCAACCCUUAUGCAUAUCCCAGAUGGACAAGACCCCGUGUCAUGCCAGGCUCAUGUCAAUGAAGUCAUCAAAACCAUCAUUGUCAAUCACGAGGCCAUCUUCCCCAGCCACAGGGAACUGGAAGGGCCUGUGUAUGAGAAGUGCAUGGCUGGAGGGGAAGAAUAUUGUGACAGCCCACAUAGUGAACCGGGGACAAUUGAUGAGGUUGACCAUGACAAUGGCACAGAGCCUCAUACCAGUGAUGAUGAAGUGGAGCAGAUCGAAGCUAUUGCCAAGUUUGACUAUGUGGGACGGUCCCCCCGAGAGCUGUCCUUUAAGAAGGGGGCCUCGCUCCUCCUGUACCACCGGGCCUCUGAAGACUGGUGGGAAGGUCGGCACAACGGAGUGGAUGGACUCAUCCCCCAUCAGUACAUCGUUGUGCAAGAUAUGGAUGAUGCAUUCUCGGACAGCCUGAGCCAGAAGGCUGACAGUGAAGCCAGCAGCGGGCCCCUGUUGGAUGACAAGGCCUCUUCCAAGAACGACCUCCAGUCCCCCACAGAGCACAUCACUGACUAUGGAUUUGGGGGAGCGAUGGGCCGAGUACGGUUGAGAUCAGAUGGGGCUGCCAUCCCCCGUCGCCGGAGUGGGGGUGAUACACACAGCCCACCUCGGGGCCUGGGCCCAGGGAUAGACACCCCACCUCGAGCAGCUGCCUGCCCCAGCAGCCCCCACAAAAUCCCCCUCAACCGAGGCAGGAUCGAGAGCCCAGAGAAGCGGAGGAUGGCGACCUUCGGAAGUGCUGGCAGCAUCAACUACCCGGACAAGAAGGCCCUUUCCGAUGGGCACCCACUGAGGUCGACCUGCGGCUCCACACGGCACAGCAGCCUCGGAGACCACAAAUCUUUGGAGGCUGAAGCCCUGGCAGAAGACAUCGAGAAGACCAUGAGCACGGCCCUCCAUGAGCUUCGAGAGCUUGAAAGGCAAAAUACGGUCAAGCAGGCUCCAGAUGUGGUCCUGGACACUCUAGAGCCCAUGAAGAACCCACCCCUGGGCUCCAUCAGCUCAGAACCCGCCAGCCCCCUGCACACGAUCGUCAUCCGAGACCCAGAUGCCGCCAUGCGCCGCAGCAGCAGCUCUACCACGGAGAUGAUGACGACGUUCAAACCCGCGCUGUCUGCCCGGCUGGCGGGUGCCCAGCUCCGCCCCCCACCCAUGCGUCCCAUUCGCCCGGUCGUCCAACACCGAUCCAGCAGCAGCAGCAGCUCAGGGAUGGGCAGCCCAGCGGUGACCCCCACUGAAAAGAUGUUCCCCAACAGCUCCUCUGACAAAUCAGGGACCAUGUAGUGCCCAAACCUGACGGCUUCAAAUGAAGCAAACCAAGUUGUUGCCAUUGGUGGCCACUUCUUUCCAGGGCAAACCCCGGGGUGGGGAUGUCUUUUGGUAUCAAGAGAAGAGAAGUGGUCCAAAGACAAAUCACCCAGGAAAGAUGUGUGGAGCAUUGAGUUUAUGGUAUUGGUUGCCAUCUGUAUUUAUCUAUUUGCAGACACGGAUAGACAUAGAGUGUGUGUAUAUAUGCACAGGGAUAUGUACAUACACUGAAGUAAUCUGAACAGAAGCUUUUCAUAAGAUUUCAGCAAAGUGUAAAAAGGCUUAUUCUGCUUAUUGUCACUGGAAAUUAUUCUAUAUAUAUAUAUAUAUAGAUAUGUACGUAUGUGUCUGUGGGUGUGUAUAUAUAUAC